AUUAAAAUCAUCCCCCCACCGAACCCAACGCUGUGUCUUACUCCAUCCACUUCACCACGAACGAGAAGGAAACUCUAUUUAUAUCUUGACUUCUUCUCUCCUUCGAGGAGAACAAGGAAACCCGACCCGAGAUUCGCUCUUACUUCCCUGCGUGAAACACGACACAAAUGGGUUUCUUUUCGUUCCUCGGACGAGUCCUCUUCGCUUCUCUCUUCAUUCUCUCCGCCUGGCAAAUGUUCAAUGAUUUUGGGGUCGAUGGUGGACCUGCGGCAAAAGAGUUGAUACCCAAACUUGCCGUUGCUAAGAAGCGUCUGUCUUCAACGUUAGGUUUAGCAAUACCUGAUAUAGAAGUUAGACAUAUAGUUGCAACUACUAUCUUUUUAAAAGGAAUUGGAGGUAUUCUGUUUGUAAUUGGCAAUACCUUUGGAGCUUUUCUUCUGAUUGUCCACUUGGUGCUUAUCACCCCACUUCUGUUUGAUUUCUACAACUAUAGCCCAAAGGACCCUGAAUUCGUACCUCUCUUAAAUGAAUUCUUGCAGAACAUUGCAUUUUUUGGUGCAUUGCUUUUCUUUAUUGGAAUGAAGAACUUAAUUCUGACGAGGCAAGUCAAGAAGAAGACUCCCAAAGCAAAAACAAGUUAAUAUACUAGGUAAGCUAUUGUCUAAGUCGAAUCGCACUUUUGGGCAUGCCAAAAUUUUGGGAUUUCCACUGACAGUGCAGCAUCAGAUACCAAUCUGUGGAGGUUUUUGCAAGUCAAGUACCCAAAAUCUUAAUAUUCUUUUUCCUUUUCUAGAGGUUGUUAUGCAGACAGUCCCUGUUCACAGGGUAUAUUGUCAUUUUGGAAAGUGAUUGGAUAGCAAUACAUUUCAUUGUUCUUAGCACAAUUAGGAUUUCAUAUUGCAAUUUUCGCGGAUUACGGAUGAUAAACUGCCAUGCUUUUGGUUGUACAUUAAGAUCUUGGACACUUCGUGUGUUUAAACUCUUGAAGCCUUUAUAGAUUUUUGUGUGAUUAUAAGGUGUCA